UGUUAACUUUCCGAUUUUCCAUCGCUGACUAAGCAACCACGGAGAAUCAUAAUUUGUUUUUUAUUGUUAUUGUCUAAAUAUUCAAAAAUUUAAUGAUGUAACUAAGCACACUGUUAAUACAUGAAAUAGAAAAUAACUUUGCUUCCUGAUUUAAAAUUCAAAAGAACAGUCAACCAAAAUGACAGAUUUUGGCAUGAAAGAAUAUGUGUGUGUAUUAAUAGCCAAUGAAGAGGCAAAGUUUUUCUUGAGUGAUCUUAAAGAUAGAGGACUUUGGAUGCCCCUUGAAGAGAGGGUGGAUAACUGUACUUUGAGGAGCUUAGCACAGAAAUUAGUGGAACGGAUUACUGGUGAAAAAUCAAAUUUGAAAGGUAUAUUAAGGAAUCAGUUUAUUCGGUUCACGAAUGCUCCGUCACAUCUCUUUGUAACAUUUUAUGCCACAACUACUUCAAAAACCAUACAUGACUCUGAAGAUGGUUGUUGGAUGAGUUUUGAAGAGAUGAAAUCUUCACUUGAACCAGAUGCCAGCUUCCAUCUCCUAGGCCUUGACAUAUUAAAGUUGGCGCAACAGGUGGUGGAUUGUCGGGGUGUUGCUCUCCCUGCCACAACUUUGGGUGAGUUAAGUGCUGACCCUUAUGACAUCAGUGUAGAUAAUCCUACAAUGUCUGCACAUGAAGCCUUAGUCAAAUCUGCUAAAUUAGGCAAAAAAGAACAAGAGUCACUGUUUCAAGAGUUUGUUGAAUAUUGCCAUCCUAGUCAGUACAUGAACUAUGCUACAUUUUCUUCCUACAUGACAAGCUGUAAGGGUGCCAGACUUGACACAAUUCCAGAACUGUUCAGAUCAUUUGACUCCCAUAAGAGGUUCAUGCUGACAUACAAAGAUGUCCUACAUGGAUUAGCAGCCCUGGAGCCUUGUACACAGCAUGGAGGCCUGCCUGCGGAGAUGAGGUGUCGUUUCAUGUUCAGAUAUUAUGAUAAAAAUUCCGAUGGCUUUCUGCAGUUUGAGGAGUUCAAGAUGAUGGUGAAAGACAUCAGAGACCAUAAAGGCUUACCAAAUGAUGAUGCCUCUUUGAUGGAGGAUGCAAUCAACAGUGCCAAGGUAUUUGGAGAAGAAACCAAGAACAAAUUAUCAAGUGGGGAUUUCUUGACUGCUGUUGGCUCUUUAAAAUUCAGAGGCACUUCUAUUUUAUUUAGAUUGCCUCAGUCAUGCAUGACAAAUCUACGUCUGGCCAGAGAAGGGAGCCCUUUCAGUGAUAGUGACAGUGACAGCAAAGAGGAACCCCCAACCAAACGAUCAAGGCCUAAGUUGUUAGACUACAAGAAACCAAAAGACAAGCCUAUUGAAAAAGAUGAUCCUAUCUUCAAGCAACCAGAAGGCAGAGCUCCUUCAUCAGCUUCAUCCAAAGUUGCCAAAUAUGAUCUGGCAACUCACACAGUUAGAGUGAAGAGGACAGGGGCACUAGCAGAUGUCAUGGCUCUUUGGGACCUACAAGGUACACCUGCUGUGAGUGGCAGUGCCAACAAUCACCUGGAAGGUGACAUCUCAAGGUUCCAGAGGCUUUCAUCAAUAGAUGCCUUCAAUCAGAGAUCACACCCCAAUGAAAUGUUGACAGGGUUAAGGUAUUUUGAAAGAGCUGCAAAAAGUGACAAUGGUGCAAGUGGCAAGCCUGCGUUUGAAUGGGGUCCUGUGGACAGAAAUGCCUUAGCAAAAUGUUUGUUAACAGUAUGUAGACAGGUCAAAGAAUCUCUCUCUGAAGAACCUCGACUGCUAAAGCUUCGCUCGCCAACUUACAUUCUAGGUGAUAUUCAUGGGAACUACUGUGACUUGGUGUCUUUUGAGAAGGCUUUAUGGAGGAUGGGCCCUAAUCUAACUCCUGCUUCAUUUUUAUUCUUGGGGGAUUAUGUUGACAGGGGAGAUUAUGGUGUUGAGGUUAUUUCCUAUUUGUUUGCUCAAAAAUUGUUGGCCCCGAACAAAUUCUUCAUGUUGAGAGGAAACCAUGAGCUGAGAAGUGUGCAAGAAAUGUUCCAUUUUAAGGCGGAAUGUUUAGAAAAGUUUGGUGAUACAAUGGGCUUGCAGAUCUGGGAUGCUGUCAAUGAGUGUUUUGAUGUUAUGCCUAUCGCAGCCACUGUAGAUGAUAAGGUGUUCUGUGUUCAUGGGGGCAUCCCUAGCCCAGAGAAUGAAGGGGGUAACAUUGAAGCCAUCAACAAGAUCCCAUCUCCGCUCUCCGACCCCGAAACUGAAAGCCCUUUGGCCUGGGAGCUCCUGUGGAGUGACCCAUUAAGCAGCUCUGACAACCUAACAGAAGCAAGCAUUCAACAACUCAAGGAGAAUCAUGGCUUUGCAUUUAACACAAGGCGUGGGACAGCCCAUUUCUUUAGCUGCGAGGCUCUCUGUAAUUUCCUGGAAAGAAAUGGCUUAUCUCAUGUAAUCAGGGCUCAUGAGGUGCAAGAAGCUGGGUUCAAGGUACAACAGCAGGGAAAGCUUCUGACAGUCUUCUCAUCUUCCCGCUACUGUGGCGGAUCCAACGAGGCAGCAUGCGUAUUAGCAGACAACUUUAAAUUACGUUUGAUUCGCAUCGACACCGCGUAGCGACGCGUCAAAGCAGCCUUGGCUUCAAUGAUCAGUUUGUAUCUUCCUUUGUCUGUUUCGUACAAUUGUAAAAUGUGUUUUGGAUAAAUAUUUGUUAAGGGUGGCUUGUUGGAAAAUGAUGAUUUUUUUUUAGCUUUGAUGUAAACAUGUCAUUUUUAGCAUUAUGUUUUUAAUUGUGUUAAUUAAUUUUAAGAUACGUCAUCAUCAGUGCUAUAUGUGUAUAUAUAUUUAUAUAUAUUAUUUAAAGCAUAACAAUAAUCUAUUCAGUUAUGAUUUCUGGGUAUGUGAAUAGAUAUAAGAUUAAAAAAAGAAGACUAGAUAAGUAUUUAACAAAUGGAAUGCUUAUUUUUCCUGAAAUUAUUUUGUAUAAUAUGACUGGUUCUAUUAAAGGAACUACUGAUUAGUAAAAAAAAUGUUUUAUUUGAAAUUAGCUGCAGAUUAUUUCAAUGUCUAGUUGUAUGUAGAGUAAAAAUUUAGUUAAAUUUUGCUAAUCGUAGCCAACUGUUCGAUUCAGUAUUUAAAAUAAUGUCCUUUAGUUAUUUUAUAUAGCAAGUUAUCUAGAUCUCACUGUUAAUUUCUGUUAUCGCUUACACAUUGGUCAAUUCCUUAUUUUAGAUAAACUCUCAUGUAAUGUGUUAUAAUCUCUGAAGAUAAUCAAAUUAUAAUUUUACAUUUUUAUUUUGCUUAAAAUGUAUUUUUCUAGAUGAAGUAUAAGUUAAUUAGAUAAAUUAAAAAAUUAGCAAAAAAAUAAUUCCAGAUGAUGAAUCUCAUUUCUGUUAAUAAAACAAAUCCUUUUUAUAAAAAGUUUCUUUAAUAUCAGCUACAGUAUUAAAAUCAUGCCCCCCCCCCCUCUUGUGUCUAAGAGUUUUUCUGUCAACAAAACCAGGUUGUUUUUCCCCAGCUGCCAUGCUUUAUUUUACAUUACUUUAAGUUUUAACCCAUUUCCAUUAAAGAAUCACUUGAAUGUCUGGAGAUAUAGUUUUAGGUUUUUUUAGCGAGUGUGUCUUCUGAGUGUCUCCUGUAAUCAUUUGUUUAUUUGUAUCAUUCUUAAUAUACUCUAGUCAGCUAUGUGUUUUUUGCCCUGUUCUUCUAGUUCAUUAGAAAUGUUAUGUCUUUGUGUUUGUAUAUCAGAAGGCAAGUUCUCCAGCAGCUAUGCUACAAGAUGGUAGCUUCUUUGAAAAUACCAUCUCAUCUACCUACAGAUACAUCUUAUUACUUAAAUAGAAUAAUGCUUGUCAGUCUUGAAAAAAAAAUAUCUUUAAAAUGAUUUUAAGAUAAUAUAUAUUUUUUUUGUACAUAAUGGCAACUACAAAAUUAAGAUCAACUAUAGAUUAACUGUUCGUUUAGUAGUUUUCAUUGUAUGAAUAACCACAUUUUUUUUUUUACUCUGCCUUAAUGACAGCUACAUAGUAAUUAACUAGUAUUACAUUUUAACCCAUGACCUUGCAAGUGUGUCUUCAAGAGUAGAGAAAAAAAAGUUUGUGUGUGAAUUUUUUUUUUAUAGAUGAGAAAAAUCACCUAGUAAGUUUGCACUCUGGAAAUAUUUUGGGUGUUGUAUUUUUUGCUAUUAAAUGUUACGUAUAAACUUACGGUCCCAGUGAACUUGCUAAAAAAUCGUUCAUUAUGUGUCUACUGCUGAUGCACCUCAAAUGGCAAGAUCCAUGCAAAAUCAUUUUUAUUGUUCACAUUUUAUUAGUUCACUCCCCUUAUACGUAAACCCCCUUUAUAUGUACUCAAGUGAAAGCUGUUUUAGUUUAUGAUUUUUAUUUAAAAUGUAACUGUUUUGUUUUUUAGCCUUUAUUGGCAAACCUGAGCUGUUGUAAGGUGAAGUACAUCCAUGAUUGAGAUUUUGAUUUUAAUAAAUUAUCAAUUUUAGAAUAUUACAAAACAUUUUCUUAAAUAGUAUACCCUUAUUUUUAUGUUAAAAAUCUAUUGCCAUACUUGGAACGCAAGUGUUCCUUAGUAUUUAAAUCGUUGACUGUUAACACUAAUCUUAAGAAACAUUUUUAUUUUAAAAAAGCAAUACAAUUCAUAGCCCUUCAACAAUAAUUAUUGCCCUUUAUCUAUUUGGGUUAGAAAAUUAAGUGUAUUUUAGUUUAUCUUAUGGUAUUUGUGUGUCUUUUAUUUUAUACUGAUUUUACCAUUUUAUUAGGUAUUGAUAAACAUUAAUAAACUCAUGCCCUAUUUUAUCAAAGAUUGUAAAUGCUAAUUGAAUUUUAAAGUAGUACUUAAAUAGUAGCAUAUUUAAACUCGACUGUUGAGGUUGCAAUAAUUAAUCAUAUAGCCCAGGGGUCGGCAACCUGCGGCUCGCGAGCCGCAUGCGGCUCUUUUGAUAUCAAGAUGCGGCUCUCCAGCUCCUUGCACAAAUACUACUAAUCUUAAUAAAAAAAUAAAAUAUUUGAAAUAAAAAAAUGUUUAGUGGCUCUUUAAAACCAGGGAAAUUUUGAAAAUUGUAGCUUUUGGCUCUUUCGCUUCAAAAGGUUGCCGACCCCUGAUAUAGCCAGAUUGUUUCAGGCAGUUCCCAUUGAUAAAGUUUUGCAUUUAUAACAAUGUUUACAUCCCUCUUGUUAGAUUGUUAGAUUUAGUUCCCCACCUCCCCUCCCCACCCUCCUUUCACACUAAGCUGAAUAUACUAUAAUUCUUAAAAUAUCAAAGUUCCAGUUCCCAUACUUUUCAUAGAAAUUAGAUUUAGCGAGAGAAAUCUCAGAGAAAACUUAUAAUUUAUUAUGUUGUUAACUCUGUUCCAUACAACUAGAGUUUACUUCUUAAAAAAUUGUUUUUUUUCGUAACUUUCACUUUCUUUGAGUUAUUUUAUAAUUAACUAAUGGGACAUUCUUAAGAAUUUUAGGGCCAUAUAAAACAGGAAUUUAACAUUCCUAAUUUUUUAUUCAGUUUUUGAAUUUAUUUUUUUAUUGUAAGUUUUAGGGAAAAACUUUUACUCUAUAUUUUCUGGAUGCUAAAUUUGCAGUAUUAUGUUAGGAUUUCAUGUUUAACAGCAAUGACCAAAUGAAUAUUCACUGGACUGGAAGUUAUAACAAAUGUACAUACUAUCAAAUUUAUGAUCAUCAAAUACUUGCAUAAUUGCUUUGUUUAAUUAUCAUUAAAUUAGCUGAAAGGUAAAAUUUGUAGUGUAAGAAACAUUUUUUUUAAUGGUGAUAUAUGUUGAUGCUUUAUAUUUUAAAUCACUAGAAUAAUAAUUUAUUACAUUUUCUAAUGUGGAAAAACUAGUGAAGUCAUUUUCUUUAACUAUUUUAAAAAUCAGAUUGCAACAAAUCUUGUCAUAAAACUUUAAAUAAAAACACCUUUAAAAUAUUUUCAUUUAGCUUAGACCCUAUGCUUAUCAUCAACAUUUACGCUAUUUACAAAAACAAAACAAAAUGGUGUGCUUUAAGAACCCACAUUCCUGUAAACGCUAUUCGCACAACAAAUUGUUGUAAUAGUCUGUAUUGAAUUUAUUGACUAAACAAAGUCAACCAGUAAUGUGGGCUUUUGUUUAAUUUGGGUUCAUAUAAACAAAGUGUAUUUAAUAUUGUAAAGAAUUGUUGUACAAUUCACAUUUUAAAAGAAUGUUAAAAGUAUUCUCCUGUGUCUGAAAGCAUUAUAUAAAUUUUAUAUACCAUGACUGCAAGUUAUUUUUCCCUGUGAUUAUUAUGUUAUUUUAUACAUGUGCUACAUUCAACAAAACUAUUUUACAUUCCCAUCUAAAAUAAACAAAAACAACUUGGGUUAAUGAUUUUAAGAAAAAUUAUUAUUUUUAUAAAACGGUACUUUAGUGUGUAACAACAGAAUAACAUCCGUCCUAAAUAUAAUUGGCCCUCUCUUGAAUUAUUUUAAAAUUUUAGAUGUAUCAAGUUAUAACAAUAAUGAGGUGUUCAUGAGUAAUAUGUAUGUCAGUAUGUUGUAAUCAGAAAAUAUUUCUGCUAUAGAAUAUGAACUACAUUCAUCAUCCCGGGUCACAGUUUUUUAUCAACAUUUUAAAUGCCAACUUGUUAAAAACUAAAAGUUAAAUUUUUUUAACGUUUUUGUUUUUACUGAAAGCAUUUUAUUUCUAGUUGCUUUGCAUUGAGUUACUGUAUAGUAUUCAUAUAUCAUGUUUAAUUUUUAAGUAAUAAUUUGUCUUAUUGUUUAGCUUAGUGUAAGAGAGAGUUUAGUUAUUUUCUUUUUCUUAAAAUAUAUCAUCCAUUUUGUUUUUAAAAAUGUGUAUAACAAAUGUCAGCCAUUUUUAAGUUACACUCAAGAUUAAAAUUCAGCCUGGGAAUUCGUAGUAUUUUAUUUGUGUGAUAUUCUUGAUGCUUAUAUGAGUGUUUCUUUUUUAAACAAAUAUGCCACAUUUUAAAAUGAUUUAUAAAUGUGUAACAAGCUUACAAAUGUUCCUACUGAUUUGUGUAAAUACACACUUUAUUUUGUA